AUGGGGAGGAUCAUCAGGCUGCGCAAUAUGGCGCAGGAAGGUCUGCUGACGGGUCCAAAGCCUGUCCGCGAACAGCCGUCCGUACAAACCAUCCUCAGAUGGAUCUGCUACGCACUUGCUUUUUGCUUUCUUCUACUCGCCCUACCCAGCUUCGAGUCCAUGACAGAUGCCGUUUCGACACUGUGGCAGCCAAGCGUGGAUGCUCGUUGUGCUUCUGCAAGCUCUGCGUGGCGCUGUCGAAACGCACGCAAGCACUCCGAGCGUCUGCUAUCAAGACAUCCCCUCAUUGACGGACACGUGGAUGUCCCUGUUCAAGCUCGCUAUCGCUACGGCAACAAGAUCGACCAGAUCCCCUUCGACCAACCCGUCUUUGCAAACGGCAGCUAUCCUACUCUCGGCCACGUCGACAUCCCACGACUGAGGGCAGGCAAGAGCGGGGGCUUCUUUUGGUCCGCCUACGUCGUCUGCCCUAACGAGACUACCGUGGGAGACACCUUUGAGCACGCUGCCGCCGACAUUGCCGUGAGGGAUACGCUGGAACAGCUCGACGUGAUCAAGCAGAUGACCGAGAAGUACCCCCACGACUUUGCACUGGUUGGAAGCGUUGAUGCAGCCAGGACGGCAUUCAAACACAGGAAGAUGAUCAGUUUCAUCGGCAUUGAAGGUGCUCAUUCCAUCGGCAACUCGCUGUUCGCACUUCGCGCAUACGCUUCCCUUUUCAACAGCUCAAUACCCGGCCCGGUACGAUACCUAACCUUGACGCAUACCUGCCACAAUGCGUUCGCCGACAGUGCUGGUCAGCAGCCACCGCGAUGGCACGGUCUCAGCCCCUUCGCUCCCGCCCUCAUCCACGAGCUCAACCGGCUCGCCAUCGUUCCAGACCUCUCCCACGUCUCGGACGACACGGCCCUGCAGACCAUCGACGAAUCAAGAGGACCCGUCAUGCUGUCCCACUCUGCAGCGCGAGCCUUCAAAGACCUGCCGAGAAACGUCCCCGAUUCGGUGCUCAAAAAACUCGCCGCAUCCAAGAAGGACCAUGUGGUCAUGAUCAACGCCUACCCCGGCUUCAUUGGCGGCAGCAAAGACCUCGCGCAGUACGUCCAGCACAUCGAAUACGUCAGCAGCAUUGUCGGCAGGGGCCACGUCGGCAUUGGCACCGACUUUGACGGCAUCAUCUCGGUGCCCGAGGGAUUGGAGGAUGUCAGCCGCUAUCCUGAUCUCGUCGCGGAGCUGGUGAAGCGAGGGUGGUCCGAUCGCGAGCUUGUGGGCUUUGUGGGUGAGAAUGUGCUCAGAGUGCUGCAAGACGCCGAGAGAGUAGCACGCAAGAUGCGCAAGGAUGGCGCACAGCCAGAUAACACAAGCUGGAAGGACGUGUUCGGUUCUGCAGCGCACCAAGAGCUUUGA